CCUCCCCCAUCAUUCAUCAACACGGUUCUUCUCCACCGACCUCAACCGGAAAACAGGAAAAUUUAACCGGAAAGAUCGCUGGAGUCUUACCUCCAUCUCUCUUGUACGCCCUCUACACGGCUUUUGAGCAAGGUGGUAUUCGUUGGUUUGACGAGAAAAGCAAUCGGAAGUUCAGGGUGGUUGGUAUUUUGGGUUUGUCUCAAGUCAAGCAAUUGUUUUUUCAACGAUCGGCUCGGAAAAUGGAAAGAACGGUGACUUACGAGAACGAUCUCAACCUCAAGGCUACCGAGCUUAGACUUGGGCUGCCGGGAACAGAUGAUUCUGAUAAACAAACACCGUCUGGUGUUAGGAGCAACAAAAGGACCUUGUCCGAGACUACAGAGGAGUGCAGGUCGAAGAGCAACUCGGGCACGUCUGAUGCCAGAAAUGAUGACACAGAAACUGCGCCUGCAGCCAAGGCUCAAGUGGUUGGGUGGCCACCAAUCCGAUCCUACAGGAAGAACAGCUUCCAACCAAAGAAGACGGAGGCCGAGGCUGCUGGAAUUUACGUGAAAGUAAGCAUGGAUGGAGCUCCUUACCUGAGGAAGAUUGACCUCAAGAGCUACAAAGGCUAUCCUGAGCUCCUCAAGGCCUUGGAGAACAUGUUCAAAUUCACCAUCGGUCAAUACUCAGAGAGGGAAGGUUACAAUGGAUCAGACUAUGCACCUACCUACGAGGACAAAGAUGGUGACUGGAUGCUGGUUGGAGAUGUUCCAUGGGAAAUGUUCAUCUCCUCAUGCAAGAGGCUGAGAAUCAUGAAAGGAUCAGAAGCUAGAGGUUUGGGAUCUUAUGUAUAAAACCCACCAGCCAAAACAAACCACAGGAUUUGGAGAUGAGAAACAGAUAUGCCUCCCAUGAAAACAGAUCUUUCAGCUUGGGUUCUCCAAGAAUCAAAUUUGGAUGUGGAUCUCUCUGAUGUGUUUUCUGAAGAUGGAUCAAGAGGUGCCAAACAGGAAAAACAAUGGAAAAAAGAAGCUCGCCAGAUUAUACUUUUCUGCUUUUAUAUUAGAUUUGUGAAACAAGCUCUUUGGCUCCUUUUGAGCCUUUGUAAUGUUUUUUCUUAUAGUCAUCCAAGACCGAGACUACAUACAGAGAUAGAAUCUUGCUAUCAAUGCAACUGUGUAUAAAGGAAAAAGGAAUUUACAUCUUUCUCCCAAGUUUUGGUUAUUGUAUUAUUAUUAUUAAUUUUUUUUAUGGUUUCUAUUAUUGUUAUUGUUGAAAAAGAUAUAAGCUUGAAUACAA